AUGAACUCUGAAGUGACAAUCGAAGAAGAAGUGAAACAGGAGUUAGUCGAGCCAGCAGUUUAUGAAUGUGACAUUUGUGAUCAAUCAUUUGCAGAAUCUGAUCAAUUAAAAGAGCAUAUGGUCGAUCACAAGCCUAGUAAUAGCAAAGAACGCCCUUUAAAAUGCGAAAUCUGUCAUAAGACUAUCAAAACAAAACGUUAUAUGAAAACUCACAUGCUUUUGCAUAGCGGAGAACGCCCCCAUAAAUGCAGUAUAUGCAAUAAGACAUUCGCACAAUCAAGUUAUCUGAAAACACACAUGCAAAUUCACAAAGGAAUACGCCCUCAUCAAUGCAAUGUUUGUAACAAGACAUUACGGAGUUAA